UUACCUGUCUUCAGCCGGCUCAUCACUGUGAUAUCCCUCCGCCCCGCGCAGCCGGGAGCCCCGCCUCGUGAUGCUUACACCAAGCCGGGGAGGAGGAGCCAGGUAGCAGACACUGACACGUAACAGUCCUGCGUAGAAUUUAAGGAAGAAGCUGCAUCUUUUCUAAAAAAAAACUCACUUUGAUACAGCUGAGUCUCUUCAGACUUGAUGAACUACCGAGCUGUCCCGUCCCAGAAGCCCCGUUAGAACGGCCUCUGGAAGCGACCGAAGCGGGACUAGCAGGCAGGAGCGGAGGGAGAGCCGACGUUUAAAAUGAGAUUUUCAGUGUUUAUUUCUGUCCUGCGGUCGCUCGGCCCGGUGGUAAUCGGCAUUUCAUUGGGCUUCACGUUGAGUUUGUUGAGCGUGAGCUGGACGGAAGAAGCGUGUCCCCUGGAGGGGAAGGAGGGCGAGGAUGUGGCUUCGGGUCAGGAUGGACUCCUCAAAGGAGCCCGAAAGCCCAGCUCCAUUUCCACUGGCAACGAUGUGGAGUUCGAAGAGGAUUUCGAGCCAAGAAUAGUCCCAUACAAACAAGUCCAGCCGAGUGCUCCAAAGAAAGUUUUCAGGGCUAAGUACAUAAGCACGGAGCUUGGCAUGCGGGAGCGCCUGAUCGUUGGAGUCCUGACCUCCAAAAACACCAUCAACACCCUCGGUGUGGCGGUGAACCGCACCAUCAGCCACCACCUGGACAUCGUGGUCUUCUUCACCGGCUCCCGCAACCGCAAAGUCCCCCACGGCAUGUUUGUGGUCUCCCACGGAGAUGAGAGGCUGAUCUGGAACAUGUUUCAGACCAUCAGGUAUGUCUUAGACCACUACGUCAACGAGUACGACUGGUUCUACUUCGUUCAAGACGACGCCUACACCGAAGCCGACCGGAUCAGAGAGCUGGUGGAGCACCUGAGCGUGGAUCGAGAGCUGUACAUGGGCAGUCCUGAAGAGUUCAUCGGAGGGGAGAUGGAAGGGAAGUACUGCUACGGGGGGUUUGGGUACCUCCUGUCACGCAGCUUGCUCCUGCGGCUUCAACCCUUUCUGGAAAACUGCAGGAACGACAUCCUGAGCUCCAGGCCAGAUGAGUGGCUCGGAAGAUGCAUCAUCGAUUACACCAGCACCAACUGUGUCAGUGAAUAUGAGGGACUCGAGUACCACCAUUACGAGCUCGGAAAAAACUCGGACCCAAAUAAAGAGCAGAAUGAGAAGUUCAAGAGAGCCCUGACUGUUCAUCCCGUGUCUGACCCCGAACAAAUGUACCGGCUGCACCGAUACUUCUCCGAGAUUGAGUUGCAGAAGACUUACAAUGAGAUUGCUAAGCUGCAGGCGGAGAUAAAAAAUGUCAGCGUUCUCGCUUUUGAAGGCAACCGAAGCGCCCAGUGGCCAGUCGGGGUCAAUCCGCCUUUUGAGGCUAAAUCUCGGUUUGAAGUUCUGAAAUGGGAGUACUUCACAGAGGAGGAGAUUUACUCGUGCAUCGACGGCGCUCCUAAGUGUGAGUUGCGGGGUAUCGAUAAACUGGAUGUGGCUGAGGUCAUAGACACAGCCAUAGAGGAGCUGAACAAAAAGUACAUGCCCACUUUACAUCUGAAGAAGCAGCAGCUGAUUAACGGAUACAGACGCUUCGACCCCACCAGGGGCAUGGAGUACACCUUAGACCUUCAGCUGGAGGUCGUCAAUCAGAAGGGUCACAGCCGCUCCAUCACCAAGAGAGUCCACCUGGUGCGACCCCUGAGCCUCAUAGAGAUCAUUCCCAUGCCCUACGUCACCGAAGCGACCAGGGUCCACAUCAUUAUACCUCUGACUGCAGAAGACCGCAGCUACAUCAACCAUUUCCUGGAAGUCUUUGCCUCCAACGCCUUUGAGACGAGCGAAAACGCCAUCCUCACAUUUCUGUUCAUUUACGACCCAGAGGAAGCUCAACACGUGAACCACAACGACAUAUUUAUCGACGCGAAGAAUCAGAUAAAUGUUUACGAACGAAAAUACCCCACGGUGAAAAUCCCCUGGAUCAGCGUCAAGACGGAGAUACCGUCCCAGAUUAAGUUCAUGGACAUCAUCUCCAAAAAGCACCCGGUGGACACUUUGUUCUUCCUGGCGCACGUCAACACGAACAUCAACGCCGAGUUUCUCAACCGCUGCCGCAUGAACUCCAUAAACAACUGGCAGGUCUUCUUCCCCAUCCACUUCCAGGAGUACAACCCCGAUGUUUCCUAUCACAACCAGCCGCCCCCAGCCACAGUCGACCUGGUGAAGGACGCCGGACAUUUUGACCGCAGGUCAUUCGACGAGGCGUGCUUUUACAACUCCGACUACAUGGCGACGCGAUCCCGCAUGGUGGCGGACGUCCAGGAGAACGAGGACAUCCUUGAAAGCCUGGACAUUUAUGACAUUUUUGUGAAGUAUUCCGGUCUGCACGUAUUCAGAGCUGUUGAGCCAGCGCUGCACCAGCAGUACCGCUACCAGUCCUGCAACCCCAAACUCAGCGAAGACAUCUACCACCGGUGUAUUCAGAGCAACAUGGAGGGCCUCGGGUCCCGAUCGCAACUCGCCAUGCUGCUUUUCGAGCAAGAACAAGGAAACAGUACUUGAAGCAUUUCACCUGCUUUAUUUUCGUAAAACGGACUGAAGAUGUUGGAGUCAGUUGAAAAAAGCAACAAGUCUUCCACCAGCUUUAAGUCCAACCCAACGGUUCUCCCUAAAGGCUGUUUGUCAGCUUUGUCUUUUUUAGCUAGUUUUGAUAAACGGAUGCAACAGAGGUUUAUAAUGAAACCAAACGUGUUAGCUAUGCUGACAAAUAUAAAAAUUGCAAUAAGCAGUUUUGACCACUAGGGGAGGCAUAGAAACCAGAGACUCGUGGCUUUGCGGUAGCUUUGAGGAGUUUGUGUCGUCUCCUCAGCAUUCAGGUGGAAAUCGCUACCAAAGACUGAGAAUACUCAGGGGUAGGCAUGGGCCGGCUGCUGUACGUCCAGUUUAAAUUUCUUCCAUUGAAAUCUAACAAAACUAGUUGCUGCACACUGCCAGUCGGGUGGCUGAAAGAAGACCACUUCUUUUCUCUUGAGCCUAUAAGAACAAAUUUAGAUUUGGAAAGUAAAGUAUCUCCACCAAACACACUUACUCAUAAAUACAGUUGGCAACCAUCUUUAGUCGGCAAACAUUGGACAUACAUUGACUUUUUAGGACUGAAUUGAAAAAUGUAUUAAAAUUAGAAAUUUUUUUAGGCUAUUCAACUAAAUUUGGCCCAAACAGAUUCUUAAAUUAAGUCUUUGCUGCCCAUCUUUAGGUAUCAGUAGAUAUGUUUGUGUUGACAUAUUUUCACUCUAUUUAUCCAUAUUUUAACAUUGUUUACACCCAAUCCAAUGUCGUUUAUUCGAUGGAAAUGUGUUUGGGACAGAGUGAAAUAUUCAACCUGACUACUGGAGCAGAAAGGCAUAAGUGGCAAGGUUACUUGAAAAUUACCCCAAUAUUUAUUCAUUAAAUUUUUAUGUUAAAUUCAAUAUUGCAGUUCACAACAAACUAUAAUAUUUUAUCUCAGUAGGAAUUAAAGAAAU